GUUUCACAUUUAAUUGAGAGAUGCAGGUUAAAUCCUCCUCUAAAAUGUGCCAAUAAGGCCCAAUAAGUUGGCCCAGAACCAAUCAAACUUUCAUCACAAAAACAAGGGUGAGAAAACUGAAUCUGAAACCCUAAACCUAACCCUUCAUUUGGAGAGAGAGAGUGAGAGACAGAGAGAGAGGAGAAGAUGAAGUUCAAUCCAAGGGUUUCCAGCAGCCGCCGCAAGAGCCGUAAAGCUCAUUUCACAGCACCGUCAAGCGUCCGCCGCGUGCUAAUGAGCGCUCCACUCUCCGGCGACCUUCGAUCCAAAUACAACGUCCGUUCCUUACCGGUUCGCAAGGACGACGAGGUUCAGGUAGUUAGAGGAACAUUCAAAGGACGUGAAGGAAAGAUCGUUCAGGUUUAUCGCAAAAAGUGGGUGAUUCACAUCGAGCGCAUAACUCGCGAGAAAGUUAACGGUUCAACGGUUAACGUUGGGUUGGACCCUUCCAAGGUGGUUAUCACGAAGCUCCGUUUGGAUAAGGAUCGGAAGUCGUUGAUUGAUAGGAAGGCGAAGGGUCGUGCUGCUGCUGAUAAGGAAAAGGGUACUAAGUUUGCUCCUGAAGAUAUCAUGCAAACCAUUGAUUAGGGUUUUGUUUUUCUAUUGUUGUUAUUGUUAUAACUAGUUUUGAUUUUUGUUAUUGGAUCUGAAUGAAACAAUUGAGUAUUUUGUGGCCUUUAAAUUUUGGUUUUGAUUUAGUGAAUGAAAUUGCAUGUUUACAUUCUCA